AAAGCGGAGUUUACAGUGUCGUUGAAACGAACAAUAUCGCAUUAUUGUCAUCAAGUGGGCGCUGUCUCCGUCUUUCACUACUCCCCACUCACCAGCGUCGGCGCUCCGAAUUUAAUCACGCAAAGAAAAACCAGAAGAAAAGGAAAGUAAUGAAACUCUCUCACUCUGCACUAACCCUAACGAGAGAAUCUCUGGUCGCCUAAUUUAAGGUGGCCAUUAUAGCGCCUGCGCACACCGUAGCAGCGUCUCGAUAUCCGCGCUUUGAAACUGAACCCGACUGAUCUUCGUCAGAUUUCACAAGAGUAAUUUAUCAAUAAUCGAAAAUGCUGACGUGCAUUGCUCGCUCGAAGCAACCCGGAGAUGACUCAGUGAGUCAAUCGGAGGACAUGGACCCAAACAAUACUCUAAGCUCAACCAAACAAGCCGUGAAAUCUCUUAGUACUCAGCUGAGGGAUAUGGCACUGAAGGCGUCGGGGGCAUAUCGACACUGUAACCCCUGCACAGGUCCGCCUACGCGGCUGAAGAGCAAUAAUUCGAUCGAGUUGGAAACCGAGUCGGACCGUUUCAGAUGGUCGUACAAGAGGACGGGGAGUUCAAACUCGACGACGCCGCGGACUUGGGGGAAGGAAAUGGAGGCGAGGCUCAAGGGGAUAUCGAGCGGCGAAGCGACGCCGAAGUCCUUGAGCGGUCGCCGCCCCCUCCCGCCGAUCAUCUUCACGGAGGAGAACGAGCCAAAGGAGUGGGUAGCACAGGUCGAGCCCGGCGUGCUCAUCACCUUCGUCUCCCUUCCUCGCGGCGGUAACGAUCUCAAGCGCAUACGGUUCAGUCGAGAUAUGUUCAACAAAUGGCAAGCUCAAAGAUGGUGGUCUGAGAACUAUGAUAGGGUUAGGGAAUUGUACAAUGUGCAGAGGUUUAAUCGCCAAGCGUUUCCUCUUCCUACAACCCCAAGAUCUGAAGAUGAGAGCUCAAAGAUGGAAUCUGUUCAAGACAGCCCCGUGACACCACCUCUAACAUCAGAACGGAUGCCUCGUAACUUGUACCGUCCAACAGGGAUGGGGAUGGGCUACUCAUCCUCAGAUUCACUUGACCAUCAUCCAAUGCAAACUCGUAAUUACUGUGAUUCUGGCGGUCUUACCUCGACCCCAAAACUUUCCAGCAUAAGUGGGGCCAAGACAGAGACAUCAUCAAUUGAUGCCUCUAUAAGAAGUAGCUCAUCAAGGGAGGCAGACCGCUCUGGAGAGCUAUCCAUGAGCAGUGCCAGUGAUCUCGAGACUGAAUGGGUUGAACAGGAUGAACCAGGUGUUUACAUCACUAUCAAAGCUUUGCCGGGAGGCAAAAGAGAACUAAGAAGAGUCAGAUUCAGCCGAGAAAAAUUCGGAGAGAUGCAUGCUAGGCUGUGGUGGGAAGAGAACCGAGCCAGGAUACAUGAACAAUACUUGUAAUUGAGCAAAAUAUAGUGAUUGCUGGUGCUUAAAAUAUUUUGGGGGUUUUUUUUUUUUUUUUUUGGUCCUUUUCUUUUUUCCCCUUCCGUGCUGCCAUAAAUAGUAAAGUCCCUUCUUUUACAGAGAUCCGAACGGGUUGCCGCUGGCACCUCUUGAUGUUUUUGGGGUAUUACUUGAAUACAUCAACCUUGUACACAGUACCAACUGCGAGGUUCCAACUUCGUAUGCUCUACGGGUCUUCUGGCAAGUGAUCAUGUACUCGAUUUAUAUCCAUACUUCCUUUUUUGGGUUUUGGUGGAUGAGAUAUGUGGGUGGUCGACAAGAUCAUAUAAAUGAAAGAAAAUCUAUCUUCUUUUUGGUGAUA